CAUGCUCUUUAACCAUACGGAAACGGAGUAACGCUUUGAGGUAUGGAAUAAUAUAGGAGAGAGGAGAAAUAUUCUUCUUCUACAGGCCCAAAGUUGGAAAGCAACAGGUCCAUGGCCCCGACGACGUGCAGCGCUUGUACAUUAUUCUGCGUCCGGAGUCAGGGGAGAGGGGCGGUGGAGGAGAAACAACUCCCUAAUGCAAGUAUCAUCCGCACCCAGGAAGUGAACAUUGAAAAGCAACCCCUGUUGCGGUUCAUGAUCAUGGGUCGAAAAAGCCUGCCAAACCCAGCCCGAAAGCGUCGACCAUACCGGGGAUUCGUAGAUAUGGUGACAACCAAUGUCCAAGACGUCAAGGCUGCCCUGCAAGGGGAGUUUGGGCAUACGCGGUUUCACCCAGCAGACCCGCCGGACUACUUGAAUUUUGAAGGGUGCGAGUUCUUGCUCAUAUCCGCGUCGGAUGAUAUAGAACAGGCAUCACUGCGCCUGAUGAAUGUGAUUUGGUUAAGACUUUUUGUGAGACGGCCUCAACCCAGCCUCUUUUCAAGGGCACUUGGGUCUAGUAUAGUAGAAUAGA